CGACACUUCACUGUAACCCCUCCGCCGCUCCACGUCCCGGUGCGCCUACCCUCUCCUCUCUCCGCCAUUAUGUAACACCAUCACCAACCGCGCUCCCCCGGCCCGGCGGACCUCCAUGCCAUAUUUCUUACUCCAACCCAUUCUGCAACACUGCAAUCUUCUUCUUCUUCUUCUUCUUCUUCUUCUUCUUCUUCUAGCUAGCCACCUUACGCGCAGCUACCUGGCUGGCUAACUUAGCUUCAAGUUCAUAGUCCACACACACAUACGUACGUUCGUCAAAUGGAGGAAUCCAUCAGCUCGUCUAGGACCCCGGGUGCUUCAGCUUCAGUCUUGGACGGCGACGUCGACUGCUGCGCAUCCGGGUCUGCGACCGCCGUGGCUUCCGACGACAGCGGCUGGACGGCCUACUUCAUCGACGGCGACGACACCUGCCUGCAGUUGCACAACUCCCAAGAGGUGCCAGCGAAGAAGCCCCACGGCGCCCGCGCCUCCACAUCCACCUUGUCCACCGCCAGCAAGACCAAGGCCAAGGCGAAGAAGGCAGCAGGCACCGAGGAGAACACCAGGAAGAAGAUGCCUCGUUUGGAACCAGCUGAUGAAGACCCUCUCCAAGACACAGCCUGCUCCCCUGCAAACGCUAGCUAUGCAACUCGUCAACUUCACCUGCAGGAUGGCUGGCAAAUUGCUGGCUGCGAGUGUGAGCAGAGAUCAUCGUCAGCGGCACCAGCAGCGCCGCAGUGGGUUGAGUACUGCAGGAGACGCCAAUGGGAUUCUUCUCGGGAGGGGCCGGAUGCAGAAAUUAAAGAGGUGUUGGCUUAGUCCUUGUUAAACUGUUGGUGGACGAGGGCAGACCAAAGACCAAACUGCUCACCACUGAAUUGUGUACUUCUUCUACCUUAGUGCGUGUUUAAUUGUUUAUCCGCAUGUUCUGCGACACUAAUCUCAUGCGUGCGUUGGGCCCAAAACCCCUGUUGUCAUGUCCAAUAACUAAUAGUUAUAUAUAGUUGCUGCUGUAGCUUGUACUACCAGUUUGACAAAGUUUGCUCUUAUAUUACGAGACGAAGAGAGUA